CAUCUGAUUAGAUACGGCGAAAGGUUUCUAUCACUGUUACCCGUUUUGUUUACGUUCUUUUACCGGUACGACAAAUCAGUGAGUUAUUCAUAAAAUCACGAGACAAUGGUAUGAGAAAUGCUUUCUCAGCAAUCUUUAAACAAUUGCGUAUUAAAGGCGAAAUUGGACAACGUUAAAAAUCUCAGCCUUUUGCUGAAAUGCGUCCAGUUCAAGGAGUUCGCCGUCUGCUACGCAACGCAAAGAGGGCUCAAAUUUCUCGUUGAGGAUUCGAAGUGCGUCCAGGCGGCGGCGUUCGUGGGUAAAAACAUUUUCCAGGAGUACGUAAUCGGUGAGGAGCUGCUUUUCUUCAAAAUCGAGCUUAACGUGCUGAUCGAAUGCCUGGCCAUCCUGGACGGAGAAGCCGCAUUGAACCUCUACUACGAAGGGCACGGUUUUCCUCUUCGUCUCGUCCUGGUCGAAGACGACAUCUUGACAGACUGCUCUAUCAAGACGAUGGAGACCGUCGAGAACGUCCAUUUCAGCAUGCCAGUCGAGGACGUGGUGAACAAGAUGAUCGUCGACGGCCCCAGGUUCAAGGAAGUCCUCUCCGACCUCGACCCCGAUUCGGAAUACGUCGAGAUGCUCGUAUCCCCCGAUCCGCCUUAUUUCGUCGUCACCACUCUCAGCAUAUCGGGCAAGUGCCAGGUUGUCCUUCCGAAGGAUGCGGACAUGAUCGAAGAGUUCAGCCCAGCCGUGACUUCAGUCACGCGCUACAAGUACUCGCAGAUCAAACCGACAAUGAAGACGCUUCAAAUCGCUUCAAAAGUCUCCGUCCAGCUCAACGGUCAAGGCCUCCUCUGCUUGCAGUUCAUGGUCAAGAACGAACAGAACCAACUCGCUUAUAUUGAAUUCUUCUGCACACCAGUCCUACCAGAAGAAGACUAAACUAUUUAUAAUUUAAGUGAUAGAAUUGAUAUUGGAAGUCGUUUGAUGAAUCGGUGAACUCAUGCUGAACCAGCAAUGGAGUCGGGUCCUUCGCUUCCAGAACAUGGCGCAUUUGAGUAGUUCAACAAACCGAAUAAAUCACCCAAUGCUGGUCCGGCAUGAAUUUAAAGUAAUAUAUACCAUGGAGGAUUGUGAUACAAACUUUUUUUUUUCUAUUGCAUUUUGUAACAUACUUGUGAUAUUUUAUUUUGUAAUUAAUAAUAAACGAGUAUCUUUACUCUGAAAUAUUUGACAACGAAAAAAAAAAAUUUGAAAUUUUAGUAAUCGCAAGCCUAUUCCUGCACAUACUCUUCUUACCAAUACUAUUCAAACUAUGAAUAAGGAUAUUUAUAACACUUAUCGGUUCUCAUGUUUGAUCCAAUGUUUACGCUUAUGUAUAUUUCAAUUCCAUUUAAAUCAUUAUACAAAGCAAAUUAAGCAGUUUUAGAUUUAAAAACAAAAACUAAUGUAAAUACACCCAGUUCACAAACCCUCAACACACAAAUAUUUAUGUAAUAGGCUCCAUAAUUUUCCACAAAAAUAACUUUCAUUGAUUGGCAUUUUGUAAUCCACACAAUCUUGUCUUGACUUAUCUGCCAAUUAAAUAAUUAAGUAUGGUGUACAUAAGACUCUAUGAUUUUUUUUUUUUAAUCUACAGUUUUCCCUUUUGUCUCUCAGAUUUUUAUUGGUUAAGCUAGAAAUUGAUAUUUUUCUGUCAAUAAGCCAAAGAAUCCCAUUCCUGUUAUUUAACUCUCAUUCAAAAUUGUACAAUAAACAUAAAUUAUUUAUACACAAUUUUGGCUGUUUAUCAUGCCAUAAAAUUGUUAUUAUAACAAGACUUCCUGUGGAAAUCAAUUAACUAUUACAUCCUCAGACAUGUAUGUCAACGCGGAAGAUGCAUGGGCUGCAACGCUAACGAAUAAUAAUUUUUAUGAAAAUUCAUGAGCCUAUUACAUAUAAUUGUGUGUUUAGGGGCUGUAAUGAUGAUAGACUGGGGUGAAUUUAAGUUAAUUAAAAAGUUUAGAUCUUUCCUGGGCAAACGACAA